AGCAGUAGUUGUUGUAGCAGUAGUUGUUGUAGCAGUAGUUGUUGUAGCAGUAGUUGUUGUAGCAGUAGUUGUUGUAGCAGUAGUUGUUGUAGCAGUAGUUGUUGUAGCAGUAGUUGUUGUAGCAGUAGUUGUUGUAACAGUAGUUGUUGUAACAGUAGUUGUAACAGUAGUUGUUGUAACAGUAGUUGUUGUAACAGUAGUUGUUGUAACAGUAGUUGUUGUAACAGUAGUUGUUGUAACAGUAGUUGUUGUAGCAGUAGUUGUUGUAACAGUAGUUGUUGUAACAGUAGUAGCAGUAGUUGUUGUAGCAGUAGUUGUUGUAGCAGUAGUUGUUGUAGCAGUAGUUGUUGUAGCAGUAGUUGUUGUAACAGUAGUUGUUGUAGCAGUAGUUGUUGUAGCAGUAGUUGUUGUAGCAGUAGUUGUUGUAGCAGUAGUUGUUGUAGCAGUAGUUGUUGUAGCAGUAGUUGUUGUAACAGUAGUUGUUGUAACAGUAGUUGUAGCAGUAGUUGUUGUAACAGUAGUUGUUGUAGCAGUAGUUGUUGUAGCAGUAGU